AUGGCGCACGUGGAGGACUUUGAUGUGGCAUCGAAUCCAGCAGCAGCAGCACGGCAUCAGAGGCAGGAUGCCGGGAUAGGGUGGGAAGGAGAUCUUGCUUCAGUCUUAGCGGGAGCGAACCGAAAGACUCACUCGGUCAGGAAGGGCUGCGAAAGGCGAGCUGAGUUGGAGGGAUGGGCUGUGAAGGAAGCGCUUCAUAUAGCCAAAGACAAGAGAACAAUGGGGGGCAUGUCGGCUCGAAAGCAAGGAGGAUCAGACGGAGCCUCCUCCUCUGCAAGCUCACCAUGCGAGGGGCAAGCAUGCCAGAACCUGGUCAGCUACAGGAACUCGAGGGCAUUCCGGGAGCGGGAGGAGCACAUCGAAUCUCGGAUCCGUGAGAUAGAGCAGGAGCUCAUGGCAGCCAGCCGCGAGAUUGAGAACCAGGAUGUGCAGCAGGGGAUCCGCGCGCCCGGGGAGAGCUCGGGCUGCGCUGGGAGGAGGCAGAAGGUGACAGUGGACGAGUGGGGAGGUCACCUAGAGAGCAUCCUGCUUCCUCCUCGGCAGAAGUUGGAGGCAAGAGAAGGGCAGGGAGACAGCGGGAGGAGCAGGCAUGCCUCGUCAUCCUACUCAAGGACAAGACCCUCUGCCCAGGAGCUCGGCUUCGAAGGCGACCUCGCCUCAUGCUUGAAGCCCCGUGGGGGUAGCAGGGACCUCAAGACCAAACUGGAGGCCCAGAGGAUUAGUGAAGGCCCCGCAGCCCCGGGCCCGAGGACGGCAGGUAGCCGGAGGAUGCCGUCAGCAGAAGAGCUGGGGUUCCCUACCGGCGGGCUGGUGGCCGUAAUGAGACCGGCACAACGAGCAACUCGCCAGACCUCCUCGGCUCUGCCCCACCAAGAGGACGAGGCGUCGCUCGUGCAUGCGUUACCUCCUCAUCUUCCGGCCGCGGUCAGGGGUGACACAUCGGGCCCGAGGAGGGGAGCGGCUGCCAGGCGGCUCAACGUGGAGCAGUGGCCCCGACGAGCAGCGAUGAUGCCGGAGGAGGGGCAGAGCAACCAUGUGGACACGCAGGGCCAGCUGAGCUAUGAGUUUCUCCUCUCCUUGGACGCGAGGAUCGAGCAGCCGGGCCUGCCCGGGCACCUGCUGGACUCGUUUAAGACUGUCUCUGUCUCGAAGGCUUGUGAUGAGACUUGCGCGAUCUGCCUGGACCUGCUCAAGCUCUCCUUUACUACCCUCCUUGAAAUUCCUUUCAAGAUAUUGAUGUCCAAGCAGGUUGGCAACAAGGUGAAGAUCUUUGUCGCCCUCGAACCUCUUUUUGUUCAUCUACAACUUGACUGCUGCUGA